AGCUUAAAUCAAAUCCAGGCCUGGGACUAAGGGAGCAGCAGAUUCAAGCCUCCCUUCUCUAGGGCGUCUGCUUGUCGCUUAGAGUGGCUGGCCCAAUUUCUUGCACUGUUUACAUUUUUUCCCCCUUGCGUAUGAUUGAGUUUUCCUAAGUUAAAUGCAUCUACCACAGCUCUGUGUCUUUAUCGCACAAUACACUCAACUUGACUUCCUUCCUUUAGCCAUUAUUGAAUUGCAGCCUGUUGUGCAUUAGGUGCUUGUUUUGUCUCCUCGGGCUGAGAAUAAGGCCUGGAAGGGAGAGGUACUGACUUCAGCUUCCUUUACUCCCUCCUAGUGCUGGGUGCACAAUGAGGAAACCACAGCACAGGAAGAUUAAAUAACCUUUACCUGCAAUCACACAGCUAGGAGGUAGUGAAGCGGAUUCCUGCCCUGGCACUCUGGCUCUAGAGUUCCUUCUCUUAGCCACUUGUAUCUGGAGUGUAUAAUAGACCCUUGACUGGGAACUGCUGUUGCCAUUGUUAUUCAUCAGCUUACCUUAAAAAUUGGAAGGUGAUUGACAUCCCCAGCACCUCUGAUACUAGGAGCCCCUGAAUAGUUGAACUUGAAAAAUGGCAGAAGCAGUUUUCCAUGCCCCAAAGAGGAAAAGAAGAGUGUAUGAGAGUUAUGAGUCUCCAUUUCCGAUCCCUUUUGAUCAGAACUGUGGACCUAAGAAAGAUUUCAAAAUGUUCCGCGCCGAAAUGAUAAACAACAAUGUCAUUGUGAAGAACGCAGAAGAUAUGGAGCAGCUGUAUGGGAAAGGUUAUUUUGGAAAAGGAAUCCUGUCUAGAAGCCGUCCAAACUUCACUAUUUCAGAUCCUAAGCUGGUUGCUAAAUACAAAGAUAUGAAGACAAAUAUGCCUAUAAUCACAUCAAAGAAAUAUCAGCGUAGUGUAGAAUGGGCCACAAAGCUCAUGCAAAGACAGGCUCAUGAUGAGAGUACAGUGCAUAGAAUCCUUGAAGAUUACACAAAACCACUUGAGCAUUUUUACAUCAAAAGGAAUGAAGACAUUCCAUUGCCUGAUGAGCCGAAUUCUGAAAUAGUUUCCAAAACAGAAGCCACCAUGGAUAAAGAGACACUUUCUGUGAUGAACGGGGACUCAGGAAAGUCAGAUGAUAUUGAGGAUCCCAGCAAGCAAUCAGGCUGCCUGCAGGAAGGCCCUGGGCAUGACCCACUAACUGCAAACGGCUCAGAGGAACAUGUGUUAGAGGUCACUGCAGCUCUGCCCCAAGUCCAUUAUGGCAAACAAGGUGUUCUCCUGCCCCAGGGUGGCACUCGGGACAGCAGCCAACAGGCAGGUCUCUGUGCCAGAGAGAGAGGCCCUGAUGACGAGUAUGUGCUGGUGGAGGAAGUCGUGUGUGAUGAUGUGAGCGAGAGGGAAGAUGCCCCAGAUGAAUUGGCACAAGAAAAGAUAUUAAUAUGCAGAAGAAACCCAUAUAGGAUCUUUGAGUAUUUGCAACUCAGCCUAGAAGAGGCCUUCUUCCUGGUCUAUGCUCUGGGAUGUCUAAGUAUUUACUAUGAGAAGGAGCCUUUAACGAUUGUGAAACUCUGGAAAGUUUUCACCAUAGUUCAGCCCACAUUCAGGACUACCUACAUGGCAUACCAUUAUUUCCGAAGCAAGGGCUGGGUGCCCAAAGUAGGACUAAAGUACGGAACAGAUUUACUGCUCUAUCGAAAAGGACCUCCAUUUUACCAUGCAAGUUACUCCGUCAUUAUCGAGUUGGUGGAUGACCAUUUUGAGGGCCAUCUUCGCAGGCCUUUCAGUUGGAAGUCACUGGCAACCUUAAGCAGAGUUUCAGUGAAUGUCUCCAAGGAACUCAUGCUGUGCUAUUUGAUUAAACCCUCUGCCAUGACUGACAAAGAAAUGGAGUCACCAGAGUGUAUGAAAAGGAUUAAAGUUCAGGAGGUGAUUCUGAGCCGUUGGGUUUCCUCGCGAGAGAGGAGUGACCAAGACGAACUUUAACAAUUCCACCUCUUAUUUCUGAUUUCACCAACAAAUAUUUAUUGAGUCUCCUACAAUAAGCCAAGUUCAGGGCAAGGUAAAGAGUCCUUUUAUUGUAAUUGGCCUUUAAUUUAAAAGUUUUAAAGGGCAUGGUGCUCCCAGAACCAGAAAACUGUUAGUAUUUGAAAAUAUAAAAUUACACAGGAGAGAAAAAUAGCCCCGGGCGGGGACUUCAGAUUCUGUCCUUGAGUCACACUGACUGUGACUGGCCUUGAGCUCCUGGCCUCUGGGCCUCUCUCCAUCCUCGUCUGUUCAGUGAGGACAUUGAGUAGAUGAGUCAUGAGAAGACUCGUCCAGCGACAGGGAAGUUCUGUGGUACUCUGAUUUUAUCUGAAAAGGAUAAUAGUUUACAUGGAUGUGGCAUGCUACAGUUCUCAAAGCAGCACUUUUAUACACAGGCACCUCUCAUUGCCCACAUCCAGUCGGCUCCUGGAAGAGGGCUGGAAAGUAGCCUUGGGGACUACAGGACACUAUGCCCCCUUAAUGUAAAUGGAAAACAUAACAUGUCUCUGCUUGUCCGAGAACUCCAACCAAUUACUCAAGAACAUAAAAAUCUAUUUAAUGUUUAACAAGGAUUUCUGAAUCAUAGAAAGCAUUUAAAACAAUUACCUAAUUAUUUGUCAGUGAGCUAAUUGGUAGGCAUGUUGGUGUAGAAUGUAAAAUAUUAUGCAGUAUUAGGUAAAAAUUGCUUCUUGCUUCAGUGAACUUGUUAUGAAGUAAAAAUAGGUGGUGAAGUAACAUAUGAAGAUACAUAAUGAGUGCAGUUAACAUUUAGGAAACACAAUAAACAAAGCCUUUUCUUAACUGAUUAGAUUCCAGUGAAGAGUUGCCUGAGGCCUGGCAUUUGGAGGCAAGAAGAAGGAAAUGGACAGAGGGUGUGGGGGUGAGGUGAGCGAGCCAAAGGGGGCCGGUGUGGGAGUGAGGGGACACGUGUCUGAGACUCAUCCACUGUCUGAAUUCAGGACACUGACAGUCUUCUUGGCACUAAAUAUACCAGAAGUAGAUGGUUAAGAUUCAUCUUUGGAAGCUGAGAUGAAAAAGAAACAACAAAAAGAAAUAAAUGGGUACUUGUUUGCACUCUCUUGCAUGAUCUUAGAGCUCCUGAUGGUCUAAGAAUCUCUUAUAGUUGUAUUUUACUGUGGUAGUUCUGUUCACAUCAUAACCCUGUGCUCUCCCAAUGAAAUCAUUAUGUCCACAUGCUCUACAUUUUAACGAUUUGGCAUGCAAAUAAACGGGGCUCCCCUUCCUCCCCUGCCUCAGACCAAAAUGGCCAUCAAUUUGAAAAAUCCUCUUAGUAAGUUCUUUGCUUUUCAUUAGUGAUACUAAUAGUUCUUCAACAUUGUUACUGUUCACUUUGCUUACUCCAGGCUCCUUAGCAAAGUAAAAGACUUCACUUUGAAUCAUCAAUUUCUCAUCUCAAAACCUUUGAUGUCGAUCUUCCUUAUUUCAUUGAUCAUGUGUAGUGACACUUCUUUGCAAGCCUAGUCAGUGCAUCAGAUGCCUUUAUGGUCAAAACUCUUCCAUGAAUCCUUCAUCAAAGUAUGAUCUUUCUAUCAACACUCCACCUCAGAUGCUUUAACAUCAGCUAAUAUGCAUCGAAGCUUUUUUUUUUAUCGUAAAGGCUACAAUAAAGAUGUAGAAAAGCCAAAAGACUACAUAGAUACUUGUAACUGAAGGCUCUAGAAGACUGUCCAAAGCAUCAUCUUUAGUCAAAGAAACCUUGUAUGAAGGAUUUUCCUUCUUUGUGUGUAAGAUUUGAACACCAUGUAGCAGGCCAUGCACUCUUCAGCGGUACCUGAGGGCCCUGGGGCUUCUGGAAUGAUGCACCAGCAAACAUUUUGGUUGCCAGCUAAAAGCAGUAUUAGCUUAUCUUUGGAAGUAUUAAGUCCUAGCACUUUUUUCUUACCUUCUGAAACAAAUGUUCCAGAUGGCAUUUGUUUUCAAAAUAAAGCUCAGAUUCAUCCAGAUUGGAAAUUUACCUUGCGAUAAAACCACCUACAGGAGAAACUGCUGUUCACUGGAGGAGACGCUGUAGCCUCACUGAGGGCGGAAGUUGCUUCACCUACACCCUCAAAGCAUCAGGCUUACAUGGUUCUUAAACCUCUUGACCCUUCCAGAUUUGCUUUAAAACUGAAAUCCACCAAAUCCUCUCUCUCCUCUAUUACUUUCCAGUUCUCCAAAGGCAUUCGAAGCCACCCACUUGUACCAGCAUGUAUUCAAGUGGCAUCAGGCUGACUGGCCCCACAAGAAUUUCACUAAAAAUAGCACAUCAUGGUCAAGAACACCGUGAAACUUUGUGGAACCAACAUUUUUCACAAGUUACAUUUUGUCAACUGAGUACCAAAAAAUAUAUAUAUACAAAAAGAGGCAGAUACCUGCUUGGCCAAUAUUAUAUCCCUUAUAUCAAGGGUCCCCGGCGUCCCUCUUCCUGGUCCGUGGCUACUGGCAUUACCACGCGAGCUCUACAUCCUGUUCUCUCAUUCCCCAUCCUCACCUCUCCCACCCCCAUUCCCAGUCCACAGAAAAACUGUCUUCCCCAAAACUGGCCCUGGUGCCAAAGAGGUUGGGGACCACUGCUUUAUAUGAUCACUUUUCUCAAUACACUAUCACAUCCAACUUUUUUCCUAAUGCAGAGAUAUUUCCUAGGCCUCUAAAACUCACCUACUUUCUCCACAGGCUUUUCCAUUUCAUAGGAGACAUUGUUACUUAAUAAAGUCAGGAAGAUGACGUGAUAAUAGGCCACAUCCAAACCUCGCAAGCAUUGGUCAUCUAAGGAGCAUGUGCUAUGUCAUCUUUCUGGUCCUGACUCUCACAACUCAAAUGAUUUUGCUGCAGACUCUUACAUAUCCAUAACUUUUCAUUUGGAUAACCAGUAUAGAGUAACAUUUCUUUUGUAUACAGUUACAGUAAAUAUUCAGAUAAUGGGAGUUGAGGCAGGGCAGACACCUUGUUCAUUCUUACUCCACAGCAGCUUUUUGAGUUCAGGUGCUGAGACCUUCCACGGGAGGAAGGUUUGAGGCUCAGAGACAUGGCUGCUGUCAGAAGUACAGUCAGACGACUUGACCUGGGAGCUCCUCUAUUCAGUGCCUUUACACGAUCUCCACUACUACAGUGACACCAGCCUGGAGAAUCAUGUGAAGUCAGAAAUACAGCCCCGUUGGGGCUUGGCCGGGUAGAAGUUAAAGAGAAAGGCUGCCCUCCACUCCAAGCAGGGCUGUGUAUGUGCUGGCAUGCUUGGGGGGUGGUCCUUCACCUCAAGGGUUGGCCUGGAGCAUGAGAUUCCUCUCCCCAGGAGCUGCUAUGCAUAUAAUUUUGCAUACAUCUUUGGGAGGUUCACAGAUUCCAUGAGGACCGUCUGUGGAUCCAAGAUUAAGAAUCUCGAGCAAUAUGUGGUUCUUAGCAUUUAAUUAGUAUCCUCAAAGAUCAUUUUAUUGAAAGUCAGAUAGCAGAAUGAGCCUUCUAGAAAGGACCCAUUUAGAUCUCAGCUCUGCUGCUCAGUGGGUAUGUGACCUUGAGCAACUUACCUUGCCCUUCAUGAGCUUCAAUUUUCUUACCUCUAAAAUGGGGCCAAUGAUAAUAUUUACUUCAUUGUGGUUAACGUGGAUAAAAGAGUACUCAAAAAAACACCCAACACAAGGGGUUUCCCCUCCCUUCCUGGAAGGAGUGACUCAAACCCACCAAGCUGGCAAGAGACUGAGAUGGCCCAGUGCCUGUGCUCAAAGCUAAAUCUGGAUUGAGAGUCAAAGGGUGUUCAUGAAAAUUAGGCUCAUCUGGUAA